CUGAACUGCCUAAGUUUCACGCUCGGUCGUCAAUUUAUUUUUAUUUACCAAAACAAAUAAAAAAACUCUUAAACGAGACACAUUUAAAUUAAAGCAAUACCGAUGUUGUCAUAAUCUUAUUUUACUUCAUCAUGUACAAAAUAAUAUGACAAAAAUGCUACUGUAUGUUGUUUUUCUAUUUUCGUUUUUGGUGACUGUUUUGUGCAGUGAAGAUUAUAAUUUGUAUGGAGAUGCUGGUCAAGCUUACGCCAUAGAAGUUUUCCUGGGACAUCCCGCACAAAAGCUUAAUGUGCUAGUGGAUACUGGCAGCACAACUUUGGCAAUUGCAACUUAUCCCAGACAGGACAACAAUGAAUAUUUCCACUUUGAUAACUCGACUAGUAUUAAUGAUAGUGGAAAGGAGAUCCAAGCAAAAUAUUCCCAAGGCAUGUGGCUCGGUCGAUUGGCAUCAGACUAUAUCCAAUUUCCAUCUUUACCAAAUUUGCCGGAAGUUAGAACUGAUAUGGCUCUUAUAACAAAAAGCCACAAAUUCUUUAUGAAUGGUUCAAGCUGGCAGGGUCUUUUGGGGCUUGCAUACCUCCCAGUUGGAGCUUGGGGCGACCAUCUCAUUGUUGAGUCUUGGUUAGACUCCUUAGAUCGGAGAUUAAAGACUCCAUCGUCUUUUGAAUUGAAAUUAUGUGGAGUCAAAAGUUCAAGUAAUGCUACACACUAUGGAAAUUUUAGAGUAAUUGACGAUGCAGUUGAAACCUACGAAACGAUAUUUCGUACGCCAAUAUUGCGCAAACGUUGGUACGAAGUGGGUGUAUUAUCAAUGAGAGUAAUGUAUUUAAAACAACCUAACAUGACUUCUGUGCCAGCGUCAACUAAAAAUAGCCAAGAAAAUUACGUAUCCACAGAUCUAAAUAUAGAAAUGUGUCAGCAAUUAAACCAGGAAAAAAGUAUAGUGGAUAGUGGUACUACUAAUAUUAGACUGCCUGAUGACUUAUACCGGCAGGUGGUGGAUGAACUAAAAAAUGCUGUUUUGUCUUCUAAUAUACUUAUUUUGGACGAGUUCUGGUAUCAUGCAGAGGCUGCAUGUUGGACAGAACCCCAGAACUGGUCACUUCCGUGGUUAGCGAUAGACUUGCUAAGUACAGAAUCAGAUCAGGAGUAUUUCACAUUGGAAUUACCACCGCAGAAUUACAUGCGGGUUGUGUCUGCACGUAACAACACUAGUGAAAAUGGAACAGUACCAGAAUUCUGUUACAAAUUAGGUCUUGAGGCAGGUGGGAAGGAGACUGUUCUAGGAUACACUGCUAUGGAAGGAUUGCAGGUGUUAUUUAAUCGGUCAGCCGGCUGGAUCGGCUGGCAGUCAUCUAACUGCGGUCCCAACGCACGUAUUACGGGUCCAUAUAACGUUACAACGUCUAUCAGAGCGGCGUGUCAACUUAACAAGGUCAUAUCUGACGGAGCUAUGUCGAUUAAAGCAGCGCAAUGGACAUUAUGUAUAAUAUCGAUAAUAGCUGCAGCAGUUUUAAUAUAUUUGCUAGCACCGUGCAUUAAAAUGAUGCUCAUGAAACCGUUGCCGGCCUCAAAUCAGAUAUCGUUGUCGCAAGCGGCUCUUGUACAACAAGAUUCCACGUAAGACUAAUAGUAUAUUUACAUUAGUUUGUUUACAACAACCGGAAUACGAUAAUAGAUAUUUUUUAAUUUAGUGCUAUACUUCAGUGAGUACAAUAAUUUUAUGGCGAUAUCGGGGAAUGGCUGUUUUUUGUUAAUCAGGAGAAAUCAUAUUUCAUUUGCUUUUCCCGAUUCGACUUUAAUUAAAGUCUGCGCAAACAGCAGUCUGCAAAGUCUUUGUAGCAGCGUUCUAUGUACAUAUGUUUAUAAGGGCUGGGCAAUCUAAAUUUUACAGAAUAUCGAAGUGUAUUUUUUUUAGAAUAUUUUUGAUAUUCAUGAGCGCUAUCCCAUCGGUUUCAUUGAUUACACUGGUCUACAAGUUUUUAAUUUAUCAUGCCAUAUGAUA